AUGUCAUUCACAAAACUUGCCCCACAAAUACUCUUACAAAUUGCGUCUUGGAUUGACAUCGAGUCUGACCUUGCGUCUCUUGCUCAAGUCAACUGUGAUUUUUACAACACGCUCAUCGCAGAGCUUUACCUGCGUAAUGCAAAGAAUCCAGAAAAAUCAGCCAUUCUCAUUGCAGCUGCUACUGGGAAUUUUUCUACAUUGAAGAAGGCACUUCAAGCAUGGAAAGUUGCCAGGGGCCCCGCCGAAUUGCUGACUUCAGAGGCAGUAAAGGUGCUUUUGGAGUAUGGAGUGGAUCCAAAUGAAAGGGACCAUGGCAAGCGCACAUCACUCAAGGCGGCGAGCACACGUGGACGUACAGAGGUAGUUAAGAUACUCCUGGCGCAACCAAACAUUAAAGUGAACGCGUACGACCGCGAUAAAGGUACUCCAAUAAUUGGCGCCGCAAGAAAUGGCCACGCAGAGAUUGUGAAGAUGCUACUCUCAGCUGGUGCGUUUGCAGGCUGUGUGCGCAAGGAAGGGCAGGGCCCUCUUCAUUCCGCUAUCGGGAAUAAACAGCCUGAGCUGAUGGCAGCCCAGGCGAACAGAGAGGAUUUGGUGGAAAUUUUGCUUACGGAUAAGCGGAUAAUUCCGGAUUUGACAGUCAGCCACAUGGGCCAGACACCGUUGUUAGAGGCUGCAAUGAAAAACAAUGAUGCCAUGGUUCGACUUUUACUUGAGGCUGGGGCAAAUAAGGAGAUCCAAGAUUCUACAUUUCUUUCGCCUGCUCCGUUGCUUGAUGCUCCAAGUGCAGAGACUCGCUAUAAGCUCACCCGAGAUCGAUUGUUGAUGCUUUCGAAUCCGCAGUUGCCUGAAGACUGA